AGGGACAUUUAAACGAUUUGAAAUAUACCACCAGUAGAUGUUAUGUCUAGCAGCAGGCUGCGGGGCAUUGCUUGCCGAAGUCAAGAGCAAUCUGUACAGAGAGUCAUGGAAAAUCAAUGAAAUACAAUGAAAUACAAUAUACAAUAAUGGGUAACUAGAGCAAUCGCGUACGUGUCAGACACUUUUUAUUUCAAUCUAUCAGCCACAGUGGUUGGUUGUGAAAGGCGGAAGUUGGAAUUGCCUAAAGAGGGGCCCGUGUUGCUGACUACUCCGUCACCUCCUCACCUGAUCCACCUCCGUUUCUUCUUCUAUCUUCAACCUUCUUCUUCCCCCCGAUUAUUCCAACACUCGCCCUGUCUCCAUCUCUGCCCAACCACCCACCACCACCACACCCGCUGCUUGGUCUGCUUCCCAAUCUUCCCCCUAGUCGUCCAACUACUACUUCCCCGCGAGAUUUUAACUCUUUGUCAGUCCUCUGCCUUACUUUUUGCAACGCGUUAUAUCUCUUCCAGGAGCCUUGAUUCAUAAUGGGCUACGAAGAUGCUGUAUAUCUGGCCAAGCUCGCCGAGCAGGCCGAGCGCUACGAAGAAAUGGUGGAGAACAUGAAGAUUGUGGCUUCCGCAGAUAAAGAGCUAUCCGUUGAGGAACGCAAUCUACUUUCCGUUGCUUAUAAGAACGUGAUUGGCGCCCGUCGUGCGUCCUGGAGAAUCGUCACCUCCAUUGAGCAAAAGGAAGAGUCGAAAGGCAACGAGUCGCAGGUUGCUCUUAUUAAGGAGUACCGUCAAAAGAUCGAGACCGAAUUGGCCAAGAUCUGCGAGGAUAUCCUCGAUGUGCUCGAUAAGCAUCUUAUCGCCUCAGCGGAAACCGGAGAAUCCAAGGUCUUCUACCACAAGAUGAAGGGAGACUACCACCGCUAUCUCGCAGAGUUCGCACUUGGAGACAAGCGCAAGACCUCUGCUGACAAGUCGCUCGAGGCUUACAAAAAUGCGACUGAAGUUGCUCAGACCGAUCUUGCCCCGACCCACCCCAUCCGUCUGGGACUUGCUCUCAACUUCUCUGUCUUCUACUACGAAAUCCUCAACUCACCAGAUCAGGCUUGCCACCUUGCCAAGCAAGCUUUCGAUGACGCUAUUGCCGAACUUGACACACUAAGCGAGGAGAGCUACAAGGACUCGACCCUUAUUAUGCAGCUUCUGAGAGACAACUUGACUCUCUGGACGUCAUCUGAGGCAGAACCCGCCCCCGAGGCUGCCCCAGCUGCCGCUCCCAGUGAGCAAAAGGAGGACGCCCCUGCUGCCCCCGCUGAGGAGGCUCCCAAGGCUGCUGAGUAAAUGGGCGGUGGGGAAAUGAAUGAGUAUUUUUGCUGUUUUUUAGAUCGGAGGAGUGGGUACAAGGGAAACUUUGUGUGUGUUGCUAUUUUGCCCGCCUCUUUUCGACAUUAUCCAUGUUCUUUAAUUUCCUGUCUUAACCCCGCACCGGCACCUGAUCACCCUUCCCAAUUAUCACCGACCCAUCAAGGCUCUCACUGACACCCUCUAACACAUGCACGCACUUUCUCUCCAUAACCCACUCUCGUUCCCCCUUGAUUUUAGCGGCGGGGAAAGUUCUACAAAUUAUUAUUUUAUUAUUUCGUUUUUUAUAUUAUUCACGUGUGUGUUUUCUGCUUUUCCCACCUUUUUUUGCCCCUUAGUAUCUGAAAACCAAAAAAGAAGGUUGGUUGAUUGAGUUGAAAAAAAUACGCAUAACGUUCUUUCUCAAGAGAGAGAACAUCCCCCCGGCUCUCUUCUUCAUUUCCCGUUUCACCUCUUGCUCUCUAAAAAAAAAUUUUGUCUUUUUAAUAAGUGGGUUAUUAAAGUAGGUAGAACUUGGGCUCUCACAUCAAUGUUUUUCGGAAUCUUUGAUCAGCUACAAAAAAGCAGAUCUUCUACAGCGAAAAAACAAAAAGAAAACUCAAAACAACAUAUUAUGCUAAAUAUUUUAAAAAAAAAUCAAAAAAAAAAAAAUCAAUAUCACAGAUAUUUUUUAUAAUUAUUUCUUUUUUUCUGUUGCUGAAAAAG